AUGGCUCUUCUUGGUGAAAAGGAGAAUAGAGAGCCAUGGUUGAUGAUAUUGCCCGAAUUUGAGGUUGAUUGGGUUAAGAUAGUUGGAGAUAAACAAGGCGACAAAUACGUUGGCUUACAAGGAAGAACGUUUAUUCGUAACUCUAAUAUUUUGGGUGCAAUUGGUGCACUAGACGGGACACUCAUACAUGCAGUCGUGCCUGCUAGUCAUCAAACUGCAUAUAGAGGAAGAGGAGGUGGUCGAUGCUACCAAAAUGUUCUAGGCAUUUGUGAUUUCAAUAUGAUAUUCACAUUUGUUUGGGUCGGAUGGGAAGGCAUUGCACAUGAUUCUAGAGUGCUAACCGAAGUUGCAUUAAACCCAAAUUCUGGUUUUCCUUUUCCAUCUGAAGCUCCGUAUCGUAACACGAGGUAUUGGUUAGCAGAUUACCGACACAGACGUGAUUUAACUAAAGAAGAAAAAUUCAAUCAUGCGCAUGCACAACUUCGAAAUGUCAUUGAGCGUGCUUACGGUGUCUUGAAAGCUAGAUUCCCUAUCUUGAGGCAAAUGGCUCCUUUUCCAUUUACAAAACAAAGAAAUGUGGUCAUCGUUUGCUUCGCGAUACACAUAAUACAUGGCUACUUUGCGUGA